UUUCAAAUCAACAAACAUUGUUGAACACGUCGGAACGAAUACACAAACAAAUAUUUUUCAUAGAUUGCCUUAUAGUUUUUCUUUUUUUGAUUUGAAAUUAACCGAAGAACGCAAAAGUCAGCAAGAUGGACGAAAUGGAAAUUGCGAGUGUGGGUCAGUUCCAGACCCUGGUCCGGUACAAUAAUCCGGUGCUUGUUGUCAAGCACCCGGACAAGAAGGGCGGCCCGCUGACGGAGAUGGAAAUGAAGCGCCCACAAACAGCGGGUGCCCUUCUGGAUACCAAGAAGGAGACAGAGGAGAUAUUGAACUCUAUAUUGCCUCCACGCUGCUGGGAAGAGGAUGGCCAAUUAUGGCAGCAGUCCGUGUCCAGCACACCAGCCACUCGCCAAGAUGUUAUCAAUUUACAGGAAAUGCUCGACACUCGCCUGCAGCAAACACAGGCCCGCGAGACGGGCAUCUGUCCCGUUCGCCGUGAGCUCUACUCUCAGUGCUUUGAUGAGAUUAUACGUCAGGUAACUAUCAAUUGCUCGGAGCGCGGCUUACUCUUGUUGCGCAUUCGUGACGAAAUCGCAAUGUCUAUGGAAGCCUAUGAAACACUUUACUGCAGCUCUGUGGCGUUUGGCAUGCGGAAGGCUCUGCAGGCGCACGAAGAGAAGGAAAUGCUCCGUGAUCGUGUAAAGACUUUGGAGUCAGAUAAGGAAGCACUGGAGGAAAUAAUUGCCGACAUGAAAAUGAAACAGGAGCAAGCCGAACGUCGCAAUGCUGAACUGCGCGCCUCCGAGGAGAAGAAGUUCACCGAGGAGAUCACAUUCCUUAAGAAAACCAAUGCGCAGCUCAAGGCCCAGCUGGAGGGCAUUACGGCUCCGAAGAAGUAAAAGAACAGAUUAUGUGUGUGC